UGUCUCUAUAUAUAGACUGUUCCACUGGUUCAAACUCAGCGUCGUCCUCUCUCUCACGUUUCAAACUCAUCUGCCGUUCUCUCUCUCUCUCUCUAGCGACAAGGGAAGGAAAAAAAUUACAGCCAUGCUGCUGCAAAGAGGGAGACUGGCUAAGAUGAGCUUGAGCAAGUUGAAAUUGAAGCCUGCUCUCUUCCGAGUUGCCAAUCUUGAAUCGUCCUUUUGUUCGCCGAAGUCCGUCCUCUUGGGCGAAGACAUGGACUCCGGCGAUGAAGCUGGCGACCGUGACUUAUUCCACGUUGUGCCCAAGGGUUGCUUCGCCGUGUACGUUGGCAAGGAGGGCGGGAUGAGGAGAUUCGUGAUCCCCCUCAGCUACCUGAACCACGCCAUCUUCCAGGACUUGCUGAAGAAAGCAGAGGAAGAAUUCGGUUUCUCCAGCAGCGGAGGGAUCAGACUUCCCUGUGGAUCCCUUCUCUUCGAGCACAUCCUGUGGAUGCUCGAGAAUGACGACCCCAUGAUCAAGAAUCUCAAGCUGGACGACCUCAUGAACUUUUACGGCGACGAAGAUUGCGGCCCAUCAGCCCAUGAGUCGGUUUCUUUGAUUUGAUUUUUUUCCGUUUUUCCUUUUGUAUAUUGGUUUAUUUUUCCGUCUAUGGCAAGAAUUUAGGGAGAAACGAGUUUUGUAUAAUAUGACUGUUGAAGUUCAUUUCAUGACCUUGG